AUGGGCACCAUCGACUUUCCAAAAGUUCCACAAACUCUGAAAGUUUUUUCCAAAGUUUAUCCUGGAACAAGAUUCAUGUUCACCGGAAAAUGCUCAUCAAAAAACUUCUCAUUGGCACUAGUCUCGUCCACAGAAAUCGCUAUUUUAUUGGAGUUUGAAAUAGAAAAUGUCAACUUGAUAAAAGCUAAAUCUUUUUCCAAUGAAAAUUGGUCUAUUGAGAAGCUUCUCAAAAACCCAAUCCCAUCAAAUGGAGCGUUUUUCGUUCAGCUUGUAACAUGCAGAAAUUUCUUCGAAGUUUAUUCGGGGGGUAGUCUUUUGCUUACUUUGGAUUUUUUAGUGCCCCCUGAAUCUAUAACUGGGAUACGAUUAAUGGGAGAAAUGGAGAUGUACCGAGUGGAAAUGGAGCAUCUAUGA